AUGUAUGUAAGUAGCAAGGGGCCAGCGCUAGAUCCAGCCCGAGCGCUUGAAAUCAUGUUUACUCGUGCACCCAGACGACAGUUUCAGAGCCUAUGUGCUGAUGUAUCGCAUCGUCGCACCGAAAAGUCUGUUUUAACAAUCUUCCAACGACCGUGUCGUUUGCAAAGUACUGGGACGGAAAACUCAACAUCAGGGACGGAAUCCUCCAGCUCGGCCUCAGAAAACCCGCCAACUCCUCAAGACUCUAUAUUCUCCAAAACACAGUCACCAUGGGACCAUGUAUUCAAAAACGUUCCUAGCACCCCUCAGCUUCUCCCAGCGACUCUGCGCAACCCAUUAGGUGGGAAAAGACCCAGGAAACAAACAAUGACCGCCCGAGAGAUUAGCGCGUUCGAGGACAUGUUCAAUAUGAUCUUCGAUGCUGUAGCAGAACAGAAGAUCGGUGAUAGCCUCUCCUCAGAUAAACCUGACGUUGGUAUCGGAAAACGCGGUGGGAUUGGAGACUUGAUUGGGAAAUUACGACGACACUCCAAAAAGAUGAAGUGGACUACAGAGGAAGACGAAUUACUAGACCGCAAGAAGGAAGAAAUGGAUUUGUGUGAUACGGAUCAACAAUUAUUAGAUUGGGCAAUGCGGGAGGUAUUUGGAGAGUCAGAGAAAUAUGAACAGGAGGCAAAAAAGGCCAUGGAAACAGUGUCUCAAGAAGAGGGUAACUCGAAACUACCAAUGCAUCAGUCUCCCACAUAUCCCCAUCUCCUCGCGCUCCUCAUGAAAACUUUCCGGGACAAAUAUCGUGACCCACAUCUGGCUCUUUCCAUUUUCGACCACGCACGGCACCUAUCCAUCGCGUCCUACGUGUUCGGGUGUUCCACGGGCGUGUAUAACGAGCUCAUUGAAACCCGUUGGAGAUGUUUCCGCGAUCUCAAGGGCGUUCACGACACUCUCGAGGAGAUGUCAGUGAAUGGCGUGGACUUUGACACCAAUACACGAAAACUAGCUGAAAGAGUCCGCCGGGAGGUCGGAGAACGAAACCUAUGGAUAGAAGAGGUUGAGGUUGGGGGAAAUGAAGCGUGGAAUAUGCUGAACAAGAUUGAAAAUAUCGUUGCCCAGUCCGUUCUCAAACCAGAACACAAAACGAAGGUUGACGAGCCUAAAUCACCCAAAUGGGAUGAUUGGAAAUCGCAGAGAGACGAUGCCGAGGAUGAGUGGGAAUUUGAUUUGUGGGAGAAGUCGACACCAAAAUCCAGACGAUAG